UAAGUAUAUAAGCCCAACAAUAAUGUAAAUAUUACAUCAGUGGAAAGAAUAGGCCAAACAAACAUGCAAACGCUGAUUGUAUAUUGCAUAGUUCUGGUGGCAGCCACUUUCGCGGCGGAACUUCCAGAAUCAAUUUCUCGCAAUGGCCAAAGGAUUGUAGGAGGUUCGGUGACCGACAUCAGUCAGUGGCCAGAAAUGGCUGCACUGCUGUUCUCUUUGGGGACUACUGGCCAUACGCAGUCUUGUGGUGGUACUAUCCUGAAUCAAAGAUCUAUCUUGUCAGCUGCUCACUGUUUUUAUGGCCUCGCUCCAGAGAGAUGGCAAGUGCGAUUGGGUUCCACCAAUGCCAACAGCGGAGGAGUUGUGUUCACCACCCAGCAGAUAAUUAAUCAUCCACAGUACAGCCCUCUCACCAAUGACAACGACAUAGCCAUUUUACGUGUCGCUGGAACCAUCUCCUAUGGCAACAAUAUCCGCGCGGGAAGGAUCGCUGGUGCUAACUAUAACUUGGGUGAUAAUCAAGUCGUCUGGGCUACUGGAUGGGGAUUAACUUCUGCGGGUGGCAGUCCUUCAGAGCAGUUACGUGAAGUCCAAAUCUGGUCUGUGAACCAAGAUAUCUGUAGAAACCGCUAUGGAUCUGCUGGAGCGACCAUCACUGACAACAUGCUAUGCUCUGGUUGGUUGGACGUCGGUGGUCGCGACCAGUGCACGCAAGACUCUGGUGGUCCCCUCUUCCACAACGGAGUCGUGGUCGGUGUCUGCUCCUGGGGUUUCGGCUGCGCCGAUCCCUUCUUCCCUGGUAUCAACGCUCGCGUAUCACGCUACACUGCUUGGAUUCAAGCUAAUGCAUAAAGCUAGUUUAAUAAUAAAUUAUCUUUUGUUUUAUUAAA